AUGGCGCGCCAGAAACAAGCAGCGCCCAUCCAACGCGCCACGUCCUCGGAGCUGAUGCAUAUGCUUCCAGACGAUUUACCUCAAAAACACCACAAUGGUGCAAAUAUGGGCCUCGCAAACAAAGAUACAACUCGUGAUAAGGUGCACGAAGCGGCAGAUGCUCCGGGCUUGUGGCAACUCGCGUUCUGUGUUGCGGGAAUCUAUGCUUCUUUUCUUUCCUGGGGUGUUCUUCAAGAAGCGAUUACGACCGUCUCGUAUCCCGUGCAUCCUCCUACCGCAGCUGAGCCAGAGCCAGAAAAAGAGCGCUUUACGUUCUCGAUAGUCCUGAACACCAUCCAGUCCACCUUCGCCGCAGUCACCGGUUUUCUGUACCUCUACUUCUCUACUCCCAAAGGCGAAAAGGUUCCAUCCAUCUUCCCAACGCGCAAGAUCAUAUUUCCCCUUGUCCUCGUCAGCAUCUCCUCUUCCCUCGCGUCACCAUUUGGAUAUGCAAGUCUUGCGCACAUCGACUAUCUCACCUUCAUCCUUGCCAAAUCAUGCAAGCUCCUCCCAGUCAUGUUCCUCCACCUGACCAUCUUUCGCAAACGCUACCCCCUGUACAAGUACGGCGUUGUCCUCCUGGUCACACUCGGCGUUGCGACUUUCACACUACACCAUCCUGGAACAAGCAAUAAGGUUGCUGCGUCCGCGACGAAGGGCACCUCCGGUUCUUCGGCAUGGGGAAUUUUUUUGCUUUCCAUCAACCUGCUGCUUGAUGGACUCACAAACACCACGCAGGACCACGUCUUCAGCUCCCCGCAGCUUUACACCCGCUUCUCGGGGCCACAGAUGAUGGUUGCCCAGAAUGUGCUUUCCACCCUGCUGACCUCAGCCUACCUCUUGAUUAUGCCCCACCUCUCCUCAACAGGCAUUCUCCACGCUAUCCUCCCUGUUCCCAUCCCGCCUUCAACGGAGACCGAGUUGACAGCAGCCGUGUCAUUCUUAUCCCGGCAUCCCGAGGUACUCAAGAGCGUGCUUGGGUUUGCGGCUUUCGGUGCCAUGGGACAACUUUUCAUUUUUUACACCCUAUCUCAAUUCUCGUCUCUGCUCUUGGUUACAGUGACAGUUACCCGAAAGAUGCUAACCAUGCUUCUGAGUGUCUUUUGGUUCGGCCACUCUCUGUCUGCUGGACAAUGGCUUGGUAUCGGUCUUGUCUUUGGCGGAAUUGGUGCUGAGGCUGUCGUUCAGCGGCAGGAGAAGAAGGCCAAAGCGGCGAAGGCAAAGAAGACGGAGUGA